AUGGACCCUCCAACUCAUAUUAUCGAUCCAGACGGCGAGGUGAUCAUAGUAUUAUGUAACUCGAAUUCUCAUUUUGCAGAGCCGGCUGAAGAUAUGUCUCUUAACGGAUUUUCUCAUACCGAUGAUAUCCAUAUUCCCCCCGAAGAGAUUGAACCUCCGGAACCUACACCUGAGCCCAUCCAACUGCCAACAGAGGAACCUGCCCCCGAGCCUCCCACCGAGUAUUCUGUCCACGAAGAGCCUGUUCCCGAAGAGCUUGUUCCCGAAGAGCCUGUUCCCGAAGAGCCUGUUCCCGAAGAGCCUGUUCCCGAAGAGCCUGUUCCCGAAGAAGGGGUUGUUGAAGAGUCUGCAGAGCAAACGGAAGAGCAAGCAGAAUCUGACCUCGAAGAUACCUGUUUCCGCAUCCAAGUCUCCGCGAAGCAUCUGAUACUUGCUUCGUCUGUCUUCAAGAAAAUACUCACUGGUGGCUGGAAGGAGAGUGUUACUUUUUUGAAAGAACGCUCAGUUGAGAUUACCGCGGAGGGCUGGGAUAUCGAAGCAUUGUUGAUCCUUCUUCGUGCCAUUCACGGCCAACAAUACCAUAUACCCCGGAAGCUGACCCUUGAGAUGCUCGCCAAGAUCGCUGUGCUCGUUGAUUACUAUGAUUGCAAAGAGGCCGUGUAUAUUUGGACUACUAUAUGGAUCAAAUCUCUGGAGGAAAAGAUUCCGGUCACAUAUUGUCGAGAUUUAUUUUUGUGGUUGUGGGUUUCCUGGGCUUUCCAGCUCCCUACCCAGUUCAAAGAGACAACAUCAACUAUUAUGUCUUCGAGUGACGGUGGGAUUAACAGUUUCGGCCUGCCAAUUCCUGCUGAAGUCAUAGAAGCAAUAAAUAAGCAAAGACAAGAGAAUAUCGACAGACUAGUUGGACUGAUACAUGAUAAACACGGAGAACUGCUAACGGGAUUUCGUGGAUGCUGCUUUGAGUGCAGCUCAAUCAUGUACGGGGCCCUUACGAGGGAAAUGCAUAAAGUUGGUCUGCUUUCACCGAGACCUGCAGCACCGUUUGUUGGCUGGAGCCGUCGCGGCCUUGUGCAGAAGAUACGGUCAUUUAGGGAUCCACAAUGGAUUCUUGGCACUGAUAUCUCCAGUUAUCGCCGCACUUAUAGCUCUGAUUAUCACGAAUGUCUUGACUCGUCCUUUGCAAGCAUAUUUGGGAAACCGAAUGAGACCACUCAAGGUCUUGACCUUGUGCAACUGUUCAGAAUUUGA